AGUCCAAUACUGGUUGUUUGUUUCUUCAAGUUUCUGAUCACUAUUUUUACUGGUUGCAGGUGAUUGUGGAAAAGGCUGAGAAAAGUGAAGUCCCAAAUAUAGACAAGAAAAAGUACCUUGUGCCAUCAGACCUAACAGUUGGUCAGUUUGUGUAUGUGAUUCGGAAGAGGAUCAAACUAAGCGCCGAGAAGGCUAUCUUCAUAUUCGUAGACAAUGUUCUUCCUCCUACUGGAGAGCUAAUGUCAAGUGUCUACGAGGAUAAGAAGGACGAAGAUGGCUUCCUUUACAUC